AUGGCCGUGCCCGAGAGCCACUCGUGCGGGGCAACUGGUGACCUCGGUUGGGCAGUACAUAGGAUAAUUCACACUGGACAGAAGACUUUUAUAUGUGUGGAGUGUGAAAAGGCCUUUACUACACCCUCACAAUUGACUGUGCAUAGGAGAAUUCACACUGGAGUGAAGCCGUAUAUAUGUAAGGAAUGUGGGAAGGCCUUUGCUAGAGCGUCAAAACUUACUGUACAUAGGAGAAUUCACACUGGAGAGAAACCAUAUAAAUGUAAGGAAUGUGGAAAGGCCUUUGGGGAAGCCUCAAUACUUAGAGUACAUAGGAUAAUUCACACUGGAGAGAAACCGUAUAUAUGUAAGGAAUGUGGGAAGGCCUUUGCUGCAGCCUCAAAACUUACUGGGCAUAGGAAAAUUCACACUGGAGAGAAACCGUAUAUAUGUAUGGAAUGUGGAAAGGCCUUUGCUGCAGCCUCCAAACUUACUGUACAUAGGAGAAUUCACACUGGAGAGAAACCAUAUAUAUGUAAGGAAUGUGGGAAGGCCUUUUAUGAAGCCUCAAAACUUGAUGGACAUAGGAGAAUUCACACUGGAGAGAAACCAUAUAUAUGUAAGGAAUGUGGAAAGGCCUUUGCUGCAGCUUCAAUACUCAGAGUACAUAGGAGAAUUCACACUGGAGAGAAACAGUAUAUAUGUAAGGAAUGUGGGAAGGCCUUUUCUAGAGCCUCAAGACUUAAUGAACAUAGGAGAAUUCACACUGGAGAGAAACCAUAUAUCUGCGAAGAAUGUGGGAAGGCUUUCUGUCAAUCUCGGUACCUUAGGAAGCAUAGGAGAAUUCACAAAAUUUCUGGAGAAGCCAAUGAGCAGUCUACCUGGAACAGUCGGAAUCCAGUGGUUAACAAGGAGGUCCGGAAGCACCAGAUAUUUGGGGGAACAGGACAGGAGGCAGAUUUAGGUGGGCUGUAUUAG